AUGACAACACGUGUCAACGCAAUCACGCUGACGAGGGCGAUCAAACGGGGAGCGCAAGGCUACGCCGUACAGCUGUACGAGGUGGUGGCGUCCGAGAAAAUCGCCGACAUUGACACGCUCUGCGCUGCCGUGCCUGACGACGUGGCGAGCAUAAUUCGGAGGUAUCCCGAAAUUUUCGCGGAUGACCUACCUGAUGGGCUGCCACCUCAGCGUCCGGAGGACCACAGGAUCGAGCUGGAGCCAGGCGCCAAACCAACCGUUCGGUCACAGUGGCGGCUCAGCCAACCGGAGCUCGACGAGUUGCGGAAACAGCUGGAUUAUCUGCUCUCGAAAGGUUUUAUCCGGCCGAGCACGUCACCCUACGCCGCCCCGAUACUGUUCACACCGAAGAAAGACGGGUGCCUGCGCAUGUGUAUCGACUAUCGAGCGCUGAAUCGGAUCACCAUCAAGUCGCGUUACCCGAUUCCGCGAGCGGACGACCUGCUGGAUCAGCUUCGCGGGGCUCGCUUCUUCUCGAAAAUCGAUUUGCGAGGUGGCUACCAUCAAAUUCGCGUGUUCGCCGACGACUGCCCGAAGACAGCGUUUCACACCCGUUACGGCAGCUACGAAUAUACAGUGAUGCCGUUCGGACUGACGAACGCACCCUCGACCUUCCAGCUCACCAUGAAUGGGGUGUUUCGGGACAUGCUGGACAAAAAGGUGAUAGUUUACCUGGACGACAUCCUGGUGUACAGCAAGACUCGGGAGCAGCAUUUACGGGACUUAGACGAGGUGUUCCGGCGCUUGCAGCAGAACCGACUGAUUACCAAGGGCUCUAAGUGUGAGUUCUUACAGCCGGAGCUGGAGUUCCUGGGGCACGUAGUUUCAGGGGAGGGUAUUAAAAUUGACCCUCGUAAAAUUAAAGCGAUUUCGGAGUGGAAGCCGCCCACGAACAUCACGGAGCUGCAGAAUCCAUCUCGACCGUUCGAGGUUGUGACGGACGCAAGCGAUUUCACCGUCGGCGCCGUGCUACUACAAGAUUUCGGCAACGGACUGCAACCCAUCGCGUACGAGUCAAGAAAAAUGCAGCCGCCCGAGCGCAACUACCCUGUACACGACAAAGAAAUGCUCGCCAUCGUGCAUGCAUUUCGUACCUGGCGCUGUUAUCUCACGGGAGCUGACGUCACCGUCCGGACCGACCACAAGUCAUUACAGUACAUGCGCAGCCAACCACAGCUCAACCCGCGACAAAUUCGGUGGCUCGAUUACCUCGAGUCCAACUUCAGCUACACCAUCACGUACAAGAAGGGCGCCAACAACAUCGCCGACGCCCUGACCCGCCCAUCCAUGCAAGCCGCAGCAGUACUAAUCGCCCAUUCUAACCCUUUAUUGGCAGGAUUAUUCAAGCAUGGCUACCGAACUGACAGGUUUUUCAGGACCAACCUACACCAACGGGUCACCACAGCGUAUGGGAGCUACUACCUAAAAGCCGGUACCAACCGCGUUUGGGUACCUUCCUACCGACCCCUCAGAGAAUUGCUGACGCAGGAAGUCCACGACUCCAAUCUAUCCGGGCAUUUCGGCAUCGACAAAACGUUGAAGCUGCUGCAGCGGAAUUAUUUCUGGCCCGACAUGGCGUCGGACGUGCAGCGCUACGUGUCCGCCUGCCCGACCUGCCAAGCAAUGAAAUCAUCACGCCAACGCCCGGCUGGACUGCUGCAGCCCCUCGAGCCGCCCGAACGACCAUGGCAACAGGUGACGAUGGACUUCGUUACGGGACUGCCAACUGGCGCAAGUGGCAACGACUCCGUGCUCGUGGUCGUCGAUCGCUUAACGAAAAUGGCGCAUUUCGCACCAUGUCGCACGACGAUCACAGCCGAAGAAACAGCAAAGCUAUUCAUCGCAACUGUCGUACGACUACACGGGUUACCUUCGGCGAUCAUCAGCGACCGCGACCCGAAAUUCACGUCGAAGUUCUGGCAGGAGACAUGGGCACAGUACGGCACCCGUCUGCAGUUUUCGUCGUCAUAUCACCCACAGACCGACGGCCAGACAGAGAGGACAAACCAGACGAUGGAGCAGUUAAUCCGUACAAACUGCCCCGACAUCACCAAGUGGGAAGAUUCGCUUCCCAUGCUCGAGUUCGCGUACAACAAUGCCCCAUCUGCGACGACCAAUCAGUCACCGUUCUACCUCAAUUACGGGAUAGAUCCGGUGGUACCCUCGUCGACGACCCCUGAAAAUCCGGUACCACGAUCGCAGCAGUUCGUCUCGGAACUUCAAGCAGCACGCGAUAAAGCAGCGGAAUUUAUCCGAAAGGCUAAUACAGCCGCCAGCCGCUACGCGGACCGACAUCGACGGAAUUUACCCUUCCGUGACGGGCAGAUGGUCCUUCUAGACACAAAGAACCUCAAACUGCCCCAGCCCGCAAAAUUGCAUCCCCGCUACGUGGGACCUUUCCGCAUCAUUCGGAUGCUGACACCGAUCACGGCGAAACUUCUCUUACCGGACGACUGGAAGAUCCACGACGCCUUCCACGUCAGCCUCCUCCGCCAUUACGUAGCCCCGCAGCCGUCCGACGUCGCUCGACCCAACCUGGCGCCAAGUGUCCGACCUGUGGCAGAUCCGACACUUCAACCUUGGAAGAUCCUGAAUCACCGCAUUCGUGCGACCCCCGCUGGACGCCACGUUGACUUCCUGCUACGCUGGGUGGAUCGCACAAGCGAAGAUGACACGUGGGUCCCCGCUGACUCGCUCCAAGGGCACUCGGUCCUUCGGGAUUAUCUCUCCCGCCGACGUGUGCCUGAUGUUGACCACCUUUCUUAA